AAUUAAAGAAUUUGAUUUAGAUUCUGAUCAUAUGAUUUCAAAGGAGGAAUUUGUUAAUGGGUUUGCAAAAUGGCUUGCUAAGAAUAAGAACACAGUUACCAGCCAAAGAUCUUAUUCACAAAAGUUUGUGGACAACUUGUACCAGGAGAAAAUGGUUGAAUAUGCUAAAAAUAAGUUGUUAAUACAAGAAAUACUCAAAUACUUCCAGAACAAUACAAUAGGAAAGCUUAUCAGCGAUAAGGGAGUGCCAAACAUAUCAAUCCUGCAAAGGUUAUUUGAGAAAGUUGAUCUUGAUCACGACAAUCGUUUAUCACAUUCAGAAUUAAAAAAAUUGGUUGAAGCUAUCCAGUUUGGGACCGUCAAUUUGAAUGUAGAUGUUGCAGUGGAGGAAUUAAUUGAAGAGUUAGAUACAGAUGGUGAUCAUUUGAUUAAUAAGGAGGAGUUUGUUGAAGGGUUAUCAAAAUUUCUCAUUGCCAACUCGAACAAAGACACGUGGCCAGAAACUGACAAAGUGGAGGAGGUACCGUUGGCAAUCACAGUUGUAGAGAAAGAAAAAAAUUCGGCAUCAAGAGGAGUAGAGAAUGAAGAGAAAACCUCCACAUCAAAUAAAGGAACGGACGAAGAGGAAGCACUGGCGCUGACAUCAAAAGGAGCCAUUGAUAAGUCGUGGAAAACAAGCUGUAAAGCUGGGUUUCUGUUGAUGCUAAGAAUUUUGAUUAUUACCCUACUUGCUGAACCUCUUAUAGAAGUUGUUCAAGAUUUCUCCAAUUCCACAAACAUCCCAUCUUUUUUCGUAUCAUUUGUUUUACUACCUUUGGCUACUAACUCCAGAAAGGCGGUUUCUGCUAUCAAGGCAGCAAGGCGCAAGAAGUCCCGUACCAUGUCUUUGACAUUUUCCGAGAUUUAUGGUUCAGUGUAUAUGAACAAUGUGUUGGGGUUGACUGCACUUCUAGUAAUUGUAUACGCAAGAGAUUUGAAAUGGGAGUUCACCGCUGAAGUUUUGGUUGUUCUCAUCGUUUGUGUUGUGAUGGGUCUCAUUGCCAGUUUCCGCACUGAAUUCCCACUCCGGACAUCUUAUCUAGCAUACGUUUUGUACCCAUUGUCUUUAACGAUGGUUUAUAUUCUCAAUUAUGUCCUCCACUGGCAUUGAAAACUUCCAACAAACACACUGAGCUGCCUCAGUGUUCUAAACUGGGGAUUAUUGUUGGAAGCAAAGGCAGUCAGGGUUUGAGUGGUGGUUAUUCUACGUUCUUUGUGUUCUUUCACAUUUUCUGUUUGCUAAUUGUACACCAUUGAGUAACGAAUGCACCUUUCUUGUAGAAUUUUGAUACAUAUAUCUUCUACUUGUUAUUUAGUUGUCUGUACAACUGUUCAAAAAAA